GCGGCCGCGCGACGCAUCGACAACUUCUUGAUCCUGCACCUCGCCCUGCUGCCCACGACUCCCUCAGCAGCCACAAUGCCUCCCGCCAAAAGAGUCAAGAGCAGCGCCAAUUCCGGAUCGAACGCUGCGUCGGGUCGCCCAACAGUCGAGGACCUGGAGGGCCAGAGCGAGUUUGCGACACUUGCACGGCAGCACUGGCUGCCAAGGAAACCAGCGGAGGUCAAGGUCAACAAUGAUGUCUUGAAGAGAGAGAUCUGGGACACUCUGGAGAAGGAGAACUUCCCCCUCAAAUCACUUUUGGUCCUUGAGGGCUUGCAGGCAUUGGAGAGCUACUUGUGGCCUGGGUAUGGCGAGGACUCGUCCAACUUUCAUGUUCUUCUCAUUAUCUUGAUAGUGAACGCGAAGCGGAGGGAAAGGCUAGACACUUGGGACAUAUUUAGUGAUCGCCCCGCUGACUUCUCCGACCUCUUUCGACGUGCGCUAUCCCUGACCGUGGACAGCUCUCUUUCGUGGGUCAUCAAGACCCAUGUGCUUCUUUUCAUCAUUCAUGCUUUUUCGAGUCUCGACUGUACCAUUGUACGAAAAGAAUGCGCGCCUCUAGUUUCCAUCUCCAUAUGGCAUAAUAUUUCCACAGACGACAAGCGGGAUGCCAUACUUGAUUCCAACACACAAUGGAGGAAGGCCUGGAGGGCAUCUGCAAAGCGAUAUGACGCGGCUGAUGAUGCUACCAAAGCCCGUUUACGUUUUGAGCGGUCCUGGUUGUAUACCUCUGUCCUCAACUUCCUGAACCUCCUUUAUACCGACAACGCCAAGCCAGACCAAGUUUUGUAUUGCGAGCGUUUCGUCGAGUUCCUGACCGAUCUGCAAAGUCAACUUCCAACCAGGCGCUAUGUCAACACACUCUUGCAGGAUCUUCACGUCUUGCCAGCUCUGGUUCUCUCACCAGUCUAUAACGAUGAGGCCAACGGCUUGCUACGAGAUCUGUGCAGGUUAUUUUCACACUACACAUAUUUCACAAUCGAUGAGCAGACGGGUGCUCAGCUCAGCAAGACGGAGGCAUAUGACAGACAUUGUGGUGAUCUUGCAAAGCUUCAGCGAACUGCGCUCAAACAUUUCAAGGAUAAGCUGACGGUGUUGGCCCUGUCCAACUAUGGCGCCAUCGACAAGAAGAGCGAGCUCGAGGGCCUUCUUACGGUAUUGGCCGAUGACGAGAUUGAGUCGCUUUGCAAGCUCCUAGGUUUGCGCACUGCGUAUCCAGACUCUGUCCAGGUACCCAUAGGGAGAAGGUUCCUCCUAGAAGUCUUGCUGUCGCAGUUCGAGCGGAGAAAGACUUUCCAGGAAGUGGCAAGUGAGUUGAGCCUCUUACCAACCGAAGAGUCCCUCUUUGAGGUCGGCCUCGGGAGGACUGAGCAUUACGAUGGGUCUCAUCCCCUUGCGCUCCCAAAACUGAAUCUGCAAUAUCUUUCCGUGGGCGAUUUCUUGUGGCGAUCAAUGAUUUUGUAUCGGUGCGAGGCCUUCUAUGCGAUCCGUCAGGAUAUUGAAAGUGUUCUUUCCAGGCUAAAACCGGAAGCGAAACGCUCAGGCGAGACGGUGUUCUCAGGUUUCUCCAAGAUGGCCUUGAAGAUCACCAAGCCUACUAUUCUGGAAGCUGUGCCUCCUUUGGUUGGUGAUGAUAAACCAUCAACCGUGCGAGCAGAGGUUACAAUUGACCUGAGAAAGCUUCCACAACAUGUCCGGCGUGAGUGGGAAUCGCUGCGCCCUGAUGAUGUGCUGUUCCUUCUGGCGGUGGACGCUUCAAAACCUAAGCUCGCCACGAACGGCGGGGCAUCAGUUACGGAGGCAGAAAAGCUUGGGUUGGUGGCUGUCCGCGCGGCUGAGGUCAUCCAGGUGCUUGAUGACAGAGGGCGGGCAAUCCGCGACGCUCAGGCGUACUUUGAUGGUCACAAUCGCAGCGACAUCCGGAGACUUCAGCUUCGCCUUGACGCUAAGGCCUUCAAGGACGACACUGAGGGUAAGCAGGAUGUGUACGAGGGGAUCAACCUGCUUGUCCGAAGAAGCGGCCGAGAAAACAACUUCAAGCCAGUGCUUGAGUCUAUUCAGGAUCUCACACUGUCUGAUGUCCCUCUUGCUCCUUGGUUGCACGAGGUAUUCUUGGGCUAUGGUGAUCCGGCCGGUGCCAACUACAAACAGUUGGCAAACCGGCUGAGAAAAGUCAACUUCCGUGACACCUUCCUGGACUGGCAGCAUCUUGUCGAAAGCUUGCCAGGCAAGAUUGUCGAACCAGACGACGAUGUCUCUGGAAGCUUUGGCCCGCCAUAUGUCCUCGAGACAGUUGAGAAGCCAGCGGAAGAGGCUCCAUCAAAGCCUUCCAAGAAACGAAGACGGGAUGCUGAGCCUGCCCUCAUCGCGGAGAUUGAGACCCUCAAAGUCUCGACAUACAAACCACCAAAUAAUGGUCCCUAUCCUGUUGAUGCUCCAAAACUCAACAGUGUUCGCUUCACGCCUACCCAAAUUGAGGCGAUCAUCUCGGGGACACAGCCAGGCCUGACAGUCAUUGUUGGCCCUCCUGGUACUGGCAAGACAGACGUUGCCACGCAGAUCAUCAACAACAUCUACCACAACUUUCCAGAACAGAAGACGCUUCUCAUAGCUCACAGCAAUCAAGCUCUGAACCAGCUGUUUGCCAAGAUCGUGGCUUUGGAUAUUGACGAACGUCAUCUCCUUCGUCUGGGUCAUGGCGAGGAAGAGCUUGAGACCGAGGGCAGUUUCAGUAAGCACGGACGGGUAGAAUCUUUCCUGGAGAACCGACAACGCUUCUUGUAUGAAGUCAACCGUCUCGCUGCGAGCAUUGGCGCACCAGGUGCACACGGAAGCUCUGCGGAAACGGCUGGUUAUUUCAACUCCGUCUACAUUGAACCUGCGUGGGCCAAGUUCAAUGAGAUUAUCAAGGUUGAGGAUGCUACCCCAAAAGAUAUCGUCACAGUGUUCCCAUUCCAUGGGUAUUUUGCAGAUGCCCCUCAGCCGCUGUUCCCGCCUGGGGCAGAUCGUGAGACUGUCCUAGAAAUUGCCAAUGGGUGCUAUCGGCACAUUUCCAAGAUUUUCUCUGAACUCGCAGACGUUCUGCCUUUUGAGAUUCUGCGCAGGGACAAAGACAAAGCCAACUAUCUUCUUACCAACGAGGCACGGAUCGUUGCCAUGACUUCGACUCACGCUGCCAUGAAGCGGGGCGAGAUCGCGGCGCUUGGUUUCCAGUACGACAAUGUCAUCAUGGAAGAGGCCGCUCAAAUCACCGAGAUUGGGAACUUCAUCCCGCUUGCUCUGCAGAAGCCAAAAGAUGGCCAACUGGCGCUUCAACGAGUUGUCCUGUGUGGUGACCACUAUCAAAACUCACCUGUCAUCCAGGGUCUCGCUUUCCGCCAUUACGCGAACCUAGAGCAGUCCCUCUUUUCCCGCUUGGUGCGUCUCGGCGUCCCAACGAUCAAUCUUGACCAGCAAGGCCGCGCCCGCCCAUCUAUUUCGAGUUUGUACAAAUGGCGGUAUCCCCAGCUCGGUGACCUUCCGCAUACCCGGACAGAGAAGGAGUUCACCACCGCCAACGCCGGCUUCAAGUAUGAUUAUCAGUUCAUCAAUGUCCCUGACUACAAGGGCAAGGGCGAGACAGAGCCCACGCCGCAUUUCAUCCAGAAUCUGGGCGAGGCCGAGUAUGCGGUGGCCAUCUACCAGUACAUGCGUCUGCUAGGCUACCCAGCCUCCAAGAUUAGCAUACUGGCCACGUAUGCCGGUCAGAAAGCGUUGAUCAGGGAUGUGUUGGCGCAUCGGUGUGCCAAGAAUCCCAUCUUUGGUCUGCCGAGGAUCGUGACGACGGUGGAUAAGUAUCAGGGAGAGCAGAAUGAUUAUAUCAUCCUCUCGUUGACCCGCACGUCCCGAGUUGGUUACCUGAGAGAUAUCCGCCGCCUGACGGUGGCUCUUUCUCGCGCGCGGUUGGGAUUGUACAUUCUCGGUCGCCGUGAGGUUUUCGAGGCGUGCUAUGAACUCAGGGACGCUUUCGAGCUGCUUCUCAAACGGCCGGACCAGUUGACGCUGGUGACUGGGGAGUUGUGGCCUUCGGAGCGGCCACUGGUUGUUGAACAGCAAGAGGGAGGAGAUGGCAGCGCAGACAACAUCGCGGUCGCAACGGCGGUGCUGGGCGAGGCUGCUAUGCAAGGGGUCGAGCACUUGGGACAGUAUGUCUAUGAGAUGACCAAGACCAAGGUUGAGGAGCUGAAGCUCUUGCCUCAGGUUACUGUUCCUUCUGUUGAUGUAGAGAUAAGGGAUGUACUAGAGGAUACAGGUCUGGAGGAUGAGGGGGCAGCUGGUGCCGGAGGUGAGGAGGAGGAGGAGGAAGAGGAGGAGGGGAGGAAAGUGGAGGGUUUUGAGGCUGAAGAGGAUUGAGACUACUAGCUACCUUGCACCUUGCGGGUUUUCCAUACAGGCAGGCAGCAAAAGACAGGUGGUGUAUGAAGAGCUUUUGUUUUGUACAUGAUUUUUGUGCUUCGAUAAGAGAACUCUUUUUGCAGUUGAGAUGAAAAUAAGUGUAGG